CACACACGUAUCAUUAUUAGCAGUAUUAUUAUUCCAUAUCAUCACUUUUUGCAAUGAAAAGCAACAUUUCUCCAUGCGUUGCUAUAGAAACGAUGUGAUAGAAAUACAGCACAUCACUGUCAGAGCGCCUGACGUUUACAGUCCGCAGGAAAUGAUCCAGCAUCCUCUUAAGUAUUUAUCAGUGACAGCACGCCACGCAUCGGACAGGGAGUCCACUUGGGGAAAGAGCUCUUCCAAAGCUCCUUGGUCAGUACGGAUGCGCCAAAAAACCAUGGAGUCCUAUUUAGGAGGUGUGGUGCGGAUGAUCCUGGUGACCACCAUGCUGCCGCUCCUGACAAGCAACCAGGCCUGCCCCAGCGUCUGCCGCUGCUCACUUCAAGGCAACGUCGGCUGCUCUGGCGACACCAUCACUGACACCCCCAAACAACUGCCUCUUCACACGUACACGCUGCAGCUCCACGCCACAAACAUGAACGUCAUACAUGAGCACAGCCUGGAGAAUAAGGACCUGCUGACGCGUUUCAGUCUAACGUUCAGCCGCCUCCAUACCAUCCAUCCCCGAGCUUUCAACGCCACUCCAAAGCUCAAGUCCAUCCAGCUGUCAGCCAACAAUCUUGCCUCGCUUCCUGUGAGACUCUUUAGCCCUCUGACCACUCUGGAGCAGCUUCAUUUAAAUCGGAACCAACUGGAGAACAUCACUGUGGACAUGUUUGAAGGACUCGUUGCUUUGGAGGAAUUGGACUUGAGUCACAACAAAUUGUCCAGUCUUGCUUCCGGGGCUUUCAGUGGACUGAUGAACCUAACCACCCUGAAAUUUGGCAAUAACUUCUUACAAACACUUCCACCUGAUAGCUUUCGCUCCUUGACUAAACUUCAACAGCUCAUCAUGCCUUACAACAAAUUAGAGAGGCUAGAACCUGGGAUCUUUGAUGGACUAGUGAAACUUGAGUAUCUGCAAAUGCACUACAACCAGAUUGCCAGUAUCCCUCAACGGGUGUUCUGGUCACUAAGGAGCUUGAAGAACCUCACUCUGUCGACCAACCAGCUUCAAACAGUCCCUGAGAGAAGCUUCUACCACAUGCCCAAGAUGUCCAAGCUGACCCUUUACAACAACCCCCUCUCAUCUCUACCGGAUGAGCUGAUGGGACAUAUGCCUGAAAUCCAAGAGUUUUACCUAUAUUACACAAACCUCACCACAGUGCCUGGAAACCUCUUUGCCAACAUGUCUGGCUUGCAGUACCUUAACCUCCAUUUGAACAAGAGGCUGCGAGAGUUGCCUUCUGAUGUGUUCUGUUGCCUUCCUGAGCUUCGGAAGCUCUCGCUGAAAUCCAACAACCUCCAGGAAAUGCAUCCACAUCUUUUCUCCAGACUGACCAGUCUGGGCAUAUUACUCCUCAAUGAAAACAAACUGAAGAAGAUACCAAUGGACACCUUCCAGGAGCUUGGACUGCUUACCACGUUGGAUUUGAAGAAUAACCAGCUAAAUCAUCUCCCGGAAGAUAUUUUCCAGUCCAACCCAUUUCUAAAGGUGAGUCUCAGCAACAAUCCAUGGGACUGCACCUGUCGCAUCAGAGGCUUUGCAAGAUGGGUACGCCGAAACAAGCACGCGGUUGUUGACAAUGAACAUGCGAUAUGUCACAGUCCACAGCACCAAGCACUCCGCACCCUUGACUCCUUGCGUGAUGAGGAGUGGAACAUUUGCGACGUUAUGACAGUCACUCCGAGCUGCGUUCCGACGCCCACUCAACAGUCGUCUACGACAGGUUCAACAACGACCCGACUGGUCACCAUCCCAACAACCUCUUCGGCGACAGAAGCAGCUUCAUCGCUCCAACCUCUAGCUCGUGUCACACCAGAAGGGGCUCCCUCCACCUACGACAGUUCAGCACCGUUUUAUGACAAACUGGUGGUGGAAGGGUGGCCUGAGUUUGUUCACCACAACCACCACAAUGGUUGGGUGUAUGUGUGGUUUCUGCCCUCCAACGCAGCCUUGGCUGGGUUCCUCACGUUUGGUCACGUCCUUCUUGUGGCCACCGGUUUGUUCCUCAUCCUUUCUGCCAUGUAUGCUAUGCAUCGCCUCAGCAAGAGGGUGGAAGAGCUCCAGAUGCAGUUUACUCACAUUGAAGGGUGAUGCCCAAAGUGAGUGCACCCCUCGCAUUUCAGCAACCGUUUUUAUUCCCGUAUAUCUUCAGAUUCUCCAACCAUUGAUGAUGAGUCAGCACACAACCAUUGUUGUCUAAAUAGUUGGACACACAAGUCAGUAGCAAGACAGAGUCUUGCCUACAGUCAAGCAUGACGGUGGUAGCGUCAUGUUCUGGAGCUGCAUGAGUGCUGCCAACACUGUGGAUCAAUGGAAAAUAAUGAAUUCCAACAUGUACUGUGACAUUUUGAUGCAGAGCAUGAUCCCUUUCCGUGGGUUUUCCAACACAAACCCCCAAGAUGAUCAAGUGAUGAAAAGGCCAAGGAUGUCUCCUCCAUGGCUGAACCCCAUUGAGCAUUGAAGAGGAUUCCAGUAACAACCUGUGCAGCACUGCUCACAAAAGAGGAUUAAGGCAGUGCUAGAUAAUGGUAAUCGCACAAAAUAUUCACACUAAAAACACAAUUUGGACAUGUUCACUGUGUACUCACUUGUAUUGUCAGCUAUUACAGUACAGUGGCACUUUUGAUUAUUUUGAUUAUGUUUGAUUAUGAUUUCGUUCCAUAAGGUCCCACAAACAUUUUCAGUGAAUUUGAAACAUUUCAAUAUUUUAGACAAAAACGGUUUCAUGUUUAAUUUCUGAGUAUUGUGCCUUGAGAUAACGUGAUAAAAUGGUUGCAGAAGUGUGAGGGCUGUAGUUACCUUGGUGAGAUCCUGUACGCGAUCAGGUAGGGGUGUCACGAGACACACGGCUCACGAGACAAGACUGUGCACAAGAUUGGGUCCACGAGAACGAGACAAGACUUUAACAUUAAUGCGAAUCACUUGGGCAUACUGGCUUGUUCGUAUUGAUGGGCUCACUUUGCUCAAUUUUAAAAUUCCCAUACGAGGGCUGUGGAAUUUGUCUUUGCAAUCAUCUUUUUUCCUCCGUAUUUCUAGUACAGGCUCCCUUGCUGCACUGUGUGUAUAUGCUAGCAGCCCUGCCUCCACCACAGAGACAAAGGGACUGUAUGACUGACAAGAGGUCUCACUCUGUUGUUCUAUGUAACGCUGUUGUUCUAUGAAGCAUCUAGGUGCUGAACCAAUGCACUGAGUGAACUCUCUUCCUGCCUGUUUAGAGGCGAGAGACGAGGACAACAGGACACGCAUGCACAUGGCAAUAUCACAUGGAGGCCGGCAAAAUGAUCCAGUUCAUUUUCUUUUAUCGUGUGAUUCAUUAAUUUAUUAUCACAAUAAACAUUUUUCUGAACGAGAAUAUAUUUGAAUAUAUUUUAAUCUUGUGAGAUCUUGUGACACGAGACCUUGUGACACCCCUAUUACCAGGUCUUUUACACAAGACGAUCAGUAAGAUACUUGCAUUCAUUACGCUUAAGUCACUGCUCUAUGUCUCUACCACAGCUUCAAAAUAAUAUAAUGACGCGUGUGUAUAUAAAACGUCUAAUUCAUUCUAGGUAUGAACUGCCAAUUUGUCCCUGUCUAGGCCUGGGGUAGGAUCCAGCUCUCUGUAAACCGUGCAUAUAGUUUAAAUCAUGGAAUAAAUCAUUCUUUUCAAGAUGUCAGGUUUUCUUUGGUUGUAAGCAUAAAUUCAUUUCAGAUUGGAUUUUUUAAAAUUGC